AUGGACAUCGAUCACGUGGCAUCAGCGGCGCGCAAAGCGGGCGCGACCGACGCCACCGGCUGGCCCUGGCUGGCCAACCGUCAGAGCCACGACGAGAUGACGGACUACGCCAGCAUGACAGUUGCACAGCUGAAGGACGUGCUCAAGGAGCGCGAGCUUCCCACACAGGGCCUAAAAGCGGCGCUUGUGGAGCGGCUGCAGCAGGCAGACGCGACAGCGGCUGAGCCUACCGACGCGACCACGCGUCCUGCCGCAGAGGAGCACACGCCGGAGGCGGCGGAGCCUGCUGCAACGCCUGCAGAGGCCGAGGCUCCUGUGGCUGAGCAGCGUGCAGCAGCUGAGCCCCGCACGCUCUCCCCCGAAGAGAUGAAGCAGGCUGCUGUGGCGCACCUCAGCAAGAAAUUGCACCGCGCACGCAAGUUCGGCGAGGACGACGCGGCAGUGGGUGCGCUGCAAAAGCAGCUAGCGCGGCUCGAGAAGUUCGGCCUGGACCUAACGACGCAGCUUGCCCAGGAGCUCGGUUUCGGCCGCGGCCCUGCGGCGGCCGUCGGAAAGCAUGCCUUCCACAGGCGACGUGGCUACCACCAGGGCAAGAAGUUUAAGGCCCAGCGCAGGUGA